GUGGAGUCGGCCAGAAGCAAUGAUUGAAGUUUACCCCCCGACAGUCCGCUUUUUUAAUGAGUGAUACCCCCUCACCUCCUGUGACUAGAAAUGAGCCAUAGUCCUCACCAGGCAAUGGGUCUCGACCCCACCGUGCUGACAGAGGAACUCUUGCAGCUCUGGAGCUUCAAAGAUCUGCAGACGUUACAUAUUGUCGCACAGCACAGCUUCUCAAAGCUUUCUGAGCCUCUGAAGGAUCUACUGACAGUCCUGGAGAGAUGUCCAGGAAAACAGAAGGGCCGGAGUCAAACCGUCAGCAGUCACAUCCUCUUAGAGUUUCACACAUGGAUGAAGGAACAUCCUCAGGUGAACCUCAGCUCUUUACCAGAAGACAAAGCAACGGCACUCCAGCAUCGCGCUCUGGGUCUUUUAACAGACACGCAUCCCAGCUUUGCAGACAACCUUAUAAACAUCUACCAGCUGAAUUCCUGUGAUCGAGCCACACUCAAACAACACGUACUGAAUUUACUGGCUCUCCACAACUACAAAGAGGCGACGGGGCUCAGCAUAAAGCUGAAUUUACAGAAUGAACUGAGCAUGGAGGAGAUUUGCGUCCCGCUAGUCUUGGGGGACAAGCUUGCCUUGGCGGAGUCCUUUGUUGCGGGCCAGAGCCAUUUAGAGCAACAACUCGUCGCGCUGCUGGACUCUUGGUGCCACCCCACCUGCAGCAUGGAGGAGAUAAGAAAACAGUUCCCUCAUGUCUCUCGUUCCAAACCCUCGACAAACCAGCUCAACUCCAAACUGCUCACCAGACACGUCCUACGACUUGUGGACAAAUUCAAGCUUGACAAAGGACUGUGUCCCAAUGCUCUGCACAACAGGAGACUGGACUCGCUGCGGUUCCUCAUGUAUAAAACGUUUGUUGAGAAAAGCAUGACUGAAGAGAACUGGUGUGACCAUGUGCAGUAUGUCGUAGGAGACGACCUGGAGCUGCAAGUCCAUUUGGUGACGAAGUUGGAGCAGUACUGCGGCCUGCAGAAAGCCUGUCAGUGGUCGCUGAGAUACAAUAUUCCCAAGGAUCGACUUCCCCUUGGUGUAUGGGAAAUGCAGCAGAGUCUACCAUCUGAUCUACAACAGAUGCCUCUGAGCCAAUCGGCCCAGCCCGAGGAGUGGGUUCCCUCUCAGGCACACCAACAGAAGUUCUACCAAUUGCUGAUCCCCCAAGACAAGGUUCAUUUGGUGGACACACUAGAAGCUCUCCAGACCUGUCGAAACACUCUACUCAAGGACGGCGUUAUAGUCGGUGUGGAUAUGGAGUGGCAACCUACGUUUGGCUGUGCCUCAACCCAGCAAGUGGCCUUGAUACAGCUCGCAGUUUCUGACCAAGUGUUCCUGUUAGACCUUUGUGCUCGUGGAUUCAGUCAUCACCCAGAAACGAUUAACUUCAUCAGGAGCUUGUUUGCUGAGCAAAAAAUUCUUAAACUGGGUUACGGUAUGGCAGUCGGGGAUCUCAAGUGUCUCUCAGCCACCUGGCACAAGUUACUGGAGGAGCCGCUGAAGUUAGCCGGGAUGCUUGAUCUUCUGAAUGUACACCAAAAAAUUCAGCGGAGCAAAGUCAAACCUCAAAACGGUCCCAGCGAGGUUCUCGUAGGAGAAGACAGCGCGGAGAAAGGCCUCAGUCUGCUGGUGCAGCAGGUCCUGGGAAGGCCUCUGGACAAGACAGAGCAGAUGUCCAACUGGGAGAAGCGACCGCUGCGCAUCACCCAAAUUAGAUAUGCAGUGGCAGAUGCCUACUGUUUGCUGGACGUGUACUCUGUUCUCUCCAGCAAGCCGGAGCAGUUCGGGCUGCCAGCUGACCUGCACAGCAUUUCCUCGAGCCAAUCGGAGGCGAGCGCAGACAAGAAGCGCAAAGAGAAGCAGGGCAAGCCCACGAACCAGGCUUCUGGCGAAGAGGAAUGUCAGGGGGCUCAAGGGGUCAGUUCCACUCCUUCUGACACAGAGAAAGGCCUCCUGUGUGGCAAGAAGCCCUUGGAAGGUUUCCCCCCUCUGCCCCCCCAGCAGUUCCGUGUGGUGUGCGACAGCAUGCUGCAGGGACUCGGGAGAUACCUACGCUGUUUAGGAGUCGAUGUGGUCAUGAUAGAGGGCACCGACGACCACAGAGUCGCGGCAAAGUUGGCACAAGCUGAAGGCCGGGUCAUCCUCACAUGUGGACAGCCGUUCCAGACCUUACGUUCCCAAGUGGGUGAGGGUCGCUGUUUGUCCCUGGACUCGUCGGAGAAGGCCAGAGACCAGGCCAUGCGAAUCCUCAAGCACUUCAACAUCCGGCCCACUCCAAAUGACAUAUUCAGCCGCUGUCAGGCAUGUAACAGCGACGAGUACGUUUCUAUUCCACAAGAACACAUGACCAGGAUGCUCAAAGAGAAAGGGUUUCUGCCGGAGCAGGACGACACGCUGCGGGAGUCCGACCAGCAGGAGGACGAGAACCUCGGCCCCUCCGUUAGCCCCGCCCUCCCCAGGUACGCCCUUCGGUGCCGCUGGGCCUCCCUCUUGGAGCUGGACCCCGACACGCUGUCCUUCCCGGGUGGGGCGCCCAUCCAGCUCCACACCGUGCCCCCCGGACUGCUGCCCAGGAUCCCGCUGUUUUACGUCUGCACCAGAUGCGGCAAGGUGUUCUGGGAGGGCUCGCACUUCGGCCGCGUCUUCUCCAUGUUUCAGGAAGUCUUGCAGGUGACGGACAGAGACGAUGAAACCGCCGCCGAGCCCGCCGCCGCUGCGGCUCAGCAAAACUGACCACACACACACACAAAUACGCCAAACAGCUGAUUUAUCGAAAUCCUCCAACAAGUUCUGAGAAAAAUGAUUUAGAUUAAAAUUAAAUGUGAGAGAAGUGUUAGUUUCACGCUAUUUGGACACAUUGGCAUGCAUGAAUCAUUUAGCCCCCCAUGAGGAUUCGUUGAUCAGCCUUUAUGGUGUUUGACCAGUGGUGAGAACGUCCAGGAGGAGCGGGAGAAGCUCCCAAAUAACAGCGAAUCGGCCUAAAUGUUACUGCUAAUUCAUUUAUAGGUGAGUUUUUUUUUUUUUUAUGUUUUAAGUAAGAGUCACUUUUCUUCAUCAAUCACAACUCCAUGAUAUGUCAACUUUACACAAUCGGUCAUUACUGACAAACUUUGUGGGUUUUAAAUUUAAGAAAUAGCUAUUGGGACACAUUUUCCGAAUCUUAAUCAAUUAUCUUACAUCUAGAAGAUCAUCACUGAGUUUUUCAUGGGGGUCUAAAUAAAGCAAAAAUUGGUGAGAUAUAAUAUUAUCACUUCUCCACUUUCUACAUUUUGGUUGCACUAGUUUUAGUUACGUGGUGCUAAUAAGACCAAGUAAAAACACACAUCUGCGUCGAUCAUCAGAUUUAACUGUAACUGAGUUCUUUAAAGCGAGGGCAGUGAAGUAACUCAUGUUUUUGUUUUUUUUUUUUGUUUUUUUUUGCUGAUUAUCAGAUUUGUUCUGUUUUUUUUUUUUUUUGUUUUGUUUUUUUUUAAUGGAAGCAAUUUUCAGAUGUACACUUUUACACUUUGGGAUUUGAAUUGGUUGUUUUACACGAGGGGGCAACAUAUUUAAUAAUCCAAAGAGCGUUCAUGUCGGGAUCAAGUUGUGAUCGUAACCGUUUCAUAGUGUCAGUUGGGAUAUGUUGAGCUUCGCGUGUCGCGCCGAUUCAUCGGGAGCAUUUUCACUCACUGAGGAUUUCUGCGAUCGGACUGAGGAGCGUGAACCGUGUUCUUCAACGUGGAUUUUUGUUGCACUUUACGUCGUCACAUCUGGUGACAGCUGUUUUUUGGUUUUACAAGAUUUAUCAAACUGGACUUUUUCAUUGAGAUGACUUUUAUACAGUGUUUUAUUUUUCUGUUCUAA